CUUUUUAGGUUGUAUACCUUAUACCUUAUACCUCAUACCUCAUAUGUAUCUUGGCUAUUUGUUAUUGCCCUUUAAUAAUCUCCACGCCUACGCCCACGCACAUGCCCAUGACCACGCAGUCUCCUCGUGUAUAUAUACUGGAGACUAUCCCCAGACCGGCGUGCGCGUUAUUCGAACGUCUUGUUUAUCUUCAGCCUUUUGUCUCGGGGCCAAACUCUGCCGCUUAAGCCACCCACAUCAUACCUCCUCUCCUCCAUACCAUACGUCUCCCCGAUCUAAUUUUGUUUAUUGUAUCCCUCCUCCCUUUCCUCCUUUGCUGCCGGGUCUUGGUGGUCCCGGUAGAGUGUUUCUCAUUGCGGGGACAUACCUCUAGCUCUGUGGUUUAACGCCUUACUCCUCGGUUAAAUACUCGUCUGCUGCGGCGUGUCUCUGUCCAUCAAGCAGCUAUGGAGGGCGCCUCGAAAGAAUGGCCCGCCACGUUCGGGCCUAACAACGAGCGUCCGACCUACAGCUCUGAGGAGACUGUUGGUCACGUCAACGGUGGUCGCACGGUUGUGGGCCCGACCGUCGACCAGACUCUCGCCGAAAAGGUUGCCGAGAAGGAGAAGAUUAAGACAGAAACCGGAAAGCGAGAAUUAAAGGAAGAAGACUGCGAGAGUGAACUCGGCUUUGCCUUCUCUUGGUGGAAGAAGUGGUGGAUUCUCACCGUCAUCUUCCUCGUCCAGACUUCGAUGAACUUUAAUACCUCUUUAUACUCGAAUGGCCUUGAAGGAAUCUCAGAGGAAUUCAACGUUAGCAAGCAAGCCGCCCGUCUUGGUGCAGCCAUCUUCCUCAUCACCUACGCUUUUGGCUGUGAGUUAUGGGCUCCUUGGUCUGAAGAGUUUGGUCGGAAGCCUAUCCUACAGGCUUCUAUGUUUCUCGUCAAUAUUUUCACCCUACCGGUCGCUCUUGCUCCCAAUUUCGGCUGCCUGCUAGCCGGGAGAGCCCUCGGAGGUCUUUCUACCGCUGGAGGAAGUGUGACACUCGGUAUGGUGGCCGAUAUGUUCGAAAGCGACAGGCAACAAUAUGCCGUGGCUUAUAUUGUCUUCUCUUCCGUCGGCGGAUCUAUUCUCGGACCCAUCGUAGGUGGUUUCGUAGAGACCCUUCCCCCGCACCAGGCGUGGCGGUGGUGUACCUGGAUCCAGCUGAUAUUCGGCGGAGCUGUGCAACUGUUGCAUCUUUUCACGGUACCUGAGACACGCACGACAAUCAUGCUGAACAAGAUUGCCAAGAAGCGUCGAGAGAGUGGCGAGGAUCCCAACGUUUACGGCCCCGAUGAGAUAGAAUCUUUCUGGAGUCGAUUCACGUUUAAGGAACUCAUUUUCACUUGGCUUCGCCCCUUCCGUAUGUUCCUAACCGAGCCUAUCGUGUUGACGCUGUCGUUACUCUCUGGUUUCUCGGACGCCCUCAUAUUCAUGCAGAUCCAAUCAUUCGCUCUAGUUUAUCAACGCUGGAACUUUAACUCUUGGCAGAUCGGUCUCGCUUUUGUCCCUAUUGGUCUCGGUUAUGUAUUCGGUUGGCUUCUUUUCCUGCCGGCUUUCAAGCGAAAUCAGAGGCGUCGCGAAAAACAUCCCGAAGACGAGCAUGCCCAGUACGAGUCCCGUCUUUCUCUUCUGCUCUGGCUUGUCCCGUGCUUGCCUAUCGGUCUCAUCAUCUUCGCCUGGACGAGCGGUGGCCCGCCGCUACACUGGAUUGGCUCUAUGUUCGGCACGUGCAUAAUCGGCAUUGCCAACUACGCCAUCUACAUGGCUACAAUUGACUACAUGAUCUGCGCGUACGGACCUUACUCUGCCUCAGCUACUGGCGGUAACGGUUGGGCACGUGACUUCUUGGCCGGUGUUCUCACCCUCCCGGCGACUCCCUUCUAUACCAACAUCGGCGCUGAGAAGGGUCUGAACCUGCAGUACGCGUCAACAAUCCUCUUCUGUAUCGCAUUCGUUUUGGUUAUUGCAGUAUACGUCAUCUACUGGAAGGGUCCGACGCUGCGUAAGCGCUCGCCUUUCGCUCAGAGUUUGGCUCAAGGGGCUGCCCAAUUCGGCGGUCACGCUCUCAGUCACGUCCACUCCCAUCGCCCGUCGACAGCGGGAGGUGACACACGACCGCAGACGUCGACAACUCACUCUCGACCCACAACCGCACCAAACGCACCGACACUAGAAACCAUGCAAAAGCGACCUGGUGACCGCAUGUCGGCAUCACGACACAAUUCUUACUACUCGAGCGCACAGGCUGCAAGCCGACGUCAGAGCCGACAGGCCAGUCGCAACCCUAGCAGACGAAACAGUAACGACCAUCAUCGGAUGUCCGAGGAUAGCGAGGAGGAAGGAAUUUCUCACCACCAUCUCCACCACCGACUCCAGAACCUCAACACUAUCGCCUCGUUGCCGACGCAACCAACAGAGCCCCGGUCGUAGGGGAAAGUCAACUAAUAUUACCAUAUUCCACCAACUCAUGAUGAUGAUAUGGAGACCGCUUGGAAGAAGAUACUACUACAACGCGUCGGGGUGAUUGGGCUGUAUAUGUACAUAUAACACUAACAUAAAACAUAUACACCAACA